AGGUGAAAGGGCCAUGUCCUGCCCCAAAUCCCUCAUCCCUUCUCUCCGCUUCAUUGACACCACCACCUCCUCCCCACUCCAGGCAGCUAACUUCACCUAAACUCUGACCUCUUACUCCUGCUACUUAACUCUGGCCCAGGGCAGCCAAGACAAGACUAAAGGCAGGGCAGCAUGAGCCGAUCACCUCCCUAUCCCAUCCAACUCCGAUCCACAGGCUCACAGGAUGCCCUGGCCCCCCUGCCACUGCCUGCUGUUCAAAAUCCCUCUCACUCUUGGGCUUCUCUGUGUGGGCCUCCUCCCUGGGGCCUCAGCUGUGUUCUGGCUCUGCAGCAUAUCUUGGUCCUGGCUUCUCUGCUCUGUGUUUCCCACCUGCUCCUGCUUCAAAGUCUCCCCCCAGGGGGACUCUCUUACUCCCCUGCCCAGCUCCUGGCCUCCAGCCUCUUUUCGUGUGGUGUGUCUACUGCCCUGCAAAUUUGGAUGGGCAGCAGGCUACCUCUUGUGCAGGCUCCAUCCUUAGAGUUCCUUGUCCCUGCUAUGGUGCUGACCAGCCAGAAGCUACCUCUGGCCAUUCGGACACCUGGAAACUGUGAGCACAGAACAAGGGCACAGGCCUCCCUUGUGCUGCGCCUGUGUGAAGGGCCUGACUGCCAUGGCCUGGAGGUCUGGAACAGUUCUCUUCGAGAGGUGUCUGGGGCUGUUGUGGUAUCCGGGCUGCUGCAGGGCACGCUGGGGCUGUUGGGGGGUCCUGGCCACUUGUUCCUACACUGUGGGCCCCUGGUGCUGGCCCCCAGCCUGAUCGUGGCAGGGCUGUCUGCCCACAGGGAGGUGGCUCUGUUCUGCUCUUCUCACUGGAGUCUGGCUUUGCUGCUUAUCCUGCUCAUGGUGGUCUGUUCUCAGCACCUGGGCUCCUGCCAGUUACCCCCAUGCCCCUGGAGACCAGCUUCAACCUCUUCCAUUCAUGCUCACAUCCCUGCCUUCCGGCUCCUCUCGGUGCUGAUCCCAGUGGCCUGCAUGUGGAUUAUCUGUGCCCCUCUGGGUCUCAGCACCACCCCUCUGGAGCUGUCUGCCCCCACUGAGGCGCCGUGGUUUUGGCUGCCUCACCCAGCUGAGUGGGACUGGCCGUUGCUGACACCCAGGGCUCUGGCUGCAGGCAUCUCCAUGGCUUUGGCAGCCUCCACCAGCUCCCUGGGCUGCUAUGCCCUGUGUGGCCGGCUGUUGCAAUUGCCUUCUCCACCUCCGCAUGCUUGCAGUAGAGGCCUGAGCCUAGAGGGUCUGGGCAGUGUGCUGGCAGGGCUGCUGGGGAGCCCCAUGGGCACUGCAUCAAGCUUUCCCAAUGUGGGCACAGUGAGUCUUAUUCAGGCUGGAUCUCGGCGAGUGGCCCACCUGGUGGGGCUGCUCUGCAUGGGGCUCGGGCUCUCCCCGAGGCUGGCCCAGCUCCUCACCACCAUCCCGCUGCCUGUGCUUGGUGGGGUGCUGGGGGUGACCCAGGCCGUGGUUCUAUCUACUGGAUUCUCCAGCUUCUACCUGACAGACAUUGACUCUGGGCGCAAUGUCUUCAUUGUUGGCUUCUGCAUCUUCAUGGCCCUGCUGUUGCCAAGAUGGCUUCGGGAAGCCCCUGUCCUGAGCACAGGCUGGAGUCCCUUGGAUGUGUUACUGCACUCGCUGCUCAUGGAGUCGGUCUUCCUGGCGGGACUCUUAGGCUUCCUCCUAGAGAACACCAUUCCUGGUACCCGGCUUGAGAGAGGCCUAGGUCAAAGUCUGUCAUCUCCUGUUGCUGCCCAAGAGGCUCAGAUGCCUCAGAAGUCCAGUGAGAAGGCUGCUCAAGAGUACGAGAUUCCUUUCCCCAUCCAAAAUCUGUGUCCUUGCAUCCCCCAACCCCUGCAUUGCCUCUGCCCGCUGCCUGAAGACCCUGGGAAUGAGGAAGGAGCACCCUCUGAGCCAGGAGAGACAGCCGACUUGCUGCCUAGCAAUGGGAGGCAGUGCCCUGGGUCUAGCAGAGAACUUAGGUCCUAGUAAUUACCAGAACUUGUACAACUUCCCUGGAUAGUUUAGCCCUAUCUCCCAGCUUGCUGGAGAGUGAGCUCCCAAGCACUACUUUCUCCAAGAGGUGUGUGUGUGUAUGUGUGAGAAAUGGGCCCACCUAUAUAUAGGUUUCAUUUCCCAAUAGGUGUUUUGCCUUUUCUUCUAAUUAGGCCCAAACUGUUCCAGAACAAGGGCCAUGGUUCAGUGGACCAUAAAUGAAUGAAUGAGAUUUUGCCUGUGAACUAUCUAUACUGGAACCCCAGCAUUCACUUAAAUAUUUAUUGAGUGCCUCCCAUGUGUAAGGUUCUGCAACUACAGACAUGGAUGAGCCAGGGUCUCUAACCUCUCAGGGCACUUACUGUUGAGAAAGAUUUAUGUAAUUUCUAACUAAAAUGCAAAGCAGAAGGCAGUCUGUAAUAAAAAAUUAAAACAA